AUGAAUUUUUCACAGGUUGUUAGAAAUUUAAACAAUGUAUAUGAAAUGGAAAGACGGCAAAAAAGAGUCCGUAAUUAUUUUCGAGAUGGUCAGCAUAAUUUUCAGCCUGAAGAUCGUAAGGCUGUGGUCAACUGGAUGAUAGCAUGCGCAGAUUAUUACGAGAGCGUUUUGGAUGUCAUCCACCUGUCAGUUGCAUUAUUUGACUUAUUCCUGUCUUCUAGAAGCUCACCACCGAUUUCAAGCGAAAAACUGCAAUGUGUUGGAGCUACAUGCCUUAGAAUCGCCUUUGACACAAUAUAUAAUCGUGUAACAGAUGAGGGUAAUGAUGUUAUUCAUAUGACAUCUAGAGUUGACCCGGAGUCUUCUUUAGAAGAGCUUCAUAGGAUGCACAUUUCGGUUUCUGAACGUUUUCAUGGUAGGAUGUUUUUUAUGACUCCAUAUGUCUUCGUUUCGUAUUACCAGAUUAUUCUCAAAUUAGAACCUCGUCACGAUUUGUAUAGUAUGAUGAACUAUUUAGUGGAACUAGCGCUAUAUGAUGACUUUCUCAGCGUAAGAAAUUACUUUCCACCAAGUCUUGUAGCGGCAGCUGCUCUUUAUACAGGGAUAACUGUCUUUAACUUUCGUGACGAAUGGUUUGAGGACUUGACAGUUCUGACAGGGUAUAAUGAACAAGAGGAACAGUUGCAAGUUGUUCAUGAACGCAUGAAAUUAUUAUUAGCAUCAGCUUGUCUUGGAGGAAGGAAACAUUCAACACAGGCAAGAUACGAUUUGCCAGAGAACAACCAUGUGAGCGCUAUUGAUUAUUCAAGCAUUUAUUAA